UUCGCUAUGUCAAACUCACCUUGGCGAUUUCGUCAGCACCACGCGAACGAAUUUUUCAAUAGUUAAUUAUUAUUCACCGGCGAACAUAUGGAUUGGAUUACUGCAAUACAACAAGCUGACUUAACAUAAAUGAGACACGUUUUGUCUUUAGUUUAUAAGUGUAGUGUGUUUAGUAAAUAUCGUCCAGUUGUGUGCAGUCACUUUCAUAUCAGACUUACCCAUAAGCUGAGACUUGAACAGUGGGGAAGUAACAAGCUCCAUAGAAAGAUCAAAAUACCAAAUCCUCAAAGAGAAAUAAUCAUGGCUGAUCCUAAAGUCGAAGCAAUCUUAGCGCCUCUAAGAGCGCACGUGAAAGAACAAGGCGAUUUGGUGAGAAAGUUGAAAGAUGAAAAAGCUCCAGAAAUAGAUAUUAAAAAGGCUGUAGCGGAAUUAAAGGCGAGAAAGAAAGUGUUGGAGGAUAAGGAACUCAGUUUAGCACCAGCAGAAGAACUUUUCGAUCGUGCGAAGAUGGAAGAUCUCAUCAAACGGCGGUUCUUCUAUGACCAGUCAUUUGCAAUCUAUGGAGGCAUUACUGGCCAGUUUGAUUUCGGCCCCAUGGGCUGUGCACUCAAAAGCAACAUGAUCCAGUUGUGGAGAAAAUACUUCAUCCUUCAAGAGCAAAUGUUGGAGGUGGACUGCUCAAUAUUGACCCCUGAACCUGUCCUAAAAGCUUCUGGCCAUGUGGAGAGAUUUGCUGAUCUCAUGACAAAAGAUGCGAAAACUGGAGAGUGCUUUAGAUUGGAUCACUUAAUUAAAGCUCACUUGGAGAAAAUUAAAAGUGAGAAGAACACAUCAGCAGAGCUCAAGGCAGAAAUUGAGGAUAUUAUUGUCAAAUUGGAUGGCAUGACAGCUGAUGACAUGUCAGGCAUCAUGCAAAGGUUCAAUAUGAAGUCCCCUAUCAGUGGUAAUGACCUGACCCCUCCAAUUGAGUUCAAUCUCAUGUUCAACACACAGAUUGGACCAUCUGGUUUAGUAAAGGGCUUUCUAAGGCCAGAGACAGCUCAAGGUAUCUUUGUGAAUUUCAAACGACUCCUAGAAUUCAAUCAAGGCCGCCUUCCAUUUGCCGCUGCACAAAUCGGCAACUCUUUCAGGAAUGAAAUUUCCCCUCGAUCUGGUCUGCUGCGAGUAAGAGAGUUCACAAUGUGUGAAAUUGAGCACUUCUGCGAUUCUAAAGAUCAUCCGAAGUUUGAGUUGGUGAAGGACACACCGAUGCUGCUGUACUCUGCUGACAACCAGGAGCAAGGGCGGCCGGCUGAAAUAGUGACCAUAGGUGAAGCAGUCGCUAAAGGCAUUGUAAACAACGAGACUCUUGGAUACUUCAUGGCAAGAAUACACCUGUAUUUACUGGCUGUAGGUAUUGAUGCCAAGAAGUUGAGAUUCAGACAGCAUAUGGGUAAUGAGAUGGCUCACUACGCCUGUGACUGCUGGGAUGCUGAAUGUCUCUCCAGCUAUGGCUGGGUAGAGUGUGUGGGCUGUGCUGACAGAUCUGCAUAUGAUUUGACCCAACAUACAAAAGCAACAGGCAUCAGGUUGGCUGCUGAGAAAAAAUUGCCAGCACCUAAGCAAAUAGAAGUUGUAGAAGCUGUGGCAAACAAAGCUGCUAUUGGUAAGGAGUUCAAGAAGCAUGCUAAGGUCAUAAAUGAUGCAUUAUUAGCUAUGGACAAUGCAGCCCUCGAGAAUAUGCAGAGCCAGUUGGACUCUACUGGAGAAUAUCUUCUUGCCACACCUAAUGGGGAGUUCAAGCUUAAUCCCAGUCUCAUCAGUGUCAAGCGAAGUCAGAAAACGGUACAUGUAGAAGAAAUUAUACCUAGUGUAAUUGAGCCGUCAUUCGGUAUUGGCAGAAUCUUGUACUGUGUUUUGGAGCACAACUUUAGAAUGAGAGAAGGUGAUGAACAGAGGACCUACUUCUCUUUGCCAGCUACAGUAGCCCCAAUGAAGUGUGCCGUGUUACCACUGAGCGGCAACACAGAGUUCCAGCCAUUUGUAAGGGAAUUGAACAAGCUGUUGACCGAUGUUGAUGUGUCUCACAAAGUGGACGAUUCCUCGGGCUCCAUUGGGCGCAGAUACGCACGAACAGAUGAAUUGGGCGUCCCGUAUGCUAUUACUGUCGAUUUUGACACCACUAAGGAGCCCCAUACAGUGACUCUCAGAGAAAGAGAUAGUAUGGGUCAAGUGAGAUUACCAUUGGUUGAUGUUCCUGUUGUGGUGAGAGACCUUUCCAAUAGCAAGAUUUCCUGGGCCAAUGUCGAAGAAAAGUAUCCUAAAUUCGAACAACAAGAGACAAAAGGUGCUGCAGCAUAAAUGACGCAAGGAUUUAAUUUGUACAGCUGUAGUUUAUAAAUUAAGUUUAUUGUCUUGAACAUCAAUGUUUAUUUAUUGUUAGCUUCAUCAUCAAAAUGCAUUAUUCCAGUUAAAUUUGUUUUUAGCAGGCUUCGAAAAUAAAUUGCUGAUAAAGA